UCAAUGCCACAGGGGUUGCGUUUGUGCACUUCGCCUGAGGAGCACUUAGCCCACUUCCCUGCGCCUCACAGCACAAGAAGGAAGGGUCCCGAGCACCCUUCCCUCUCCGUGUGCUUCAGCCCUGGCCCCUCAUCCUCUUGAGAAGGAAAAGGUAAGAACCAGCCCGCCCUCCUUACCCUCCGCCGCCAUGACCCACCUGCGGACCUGCGAAGUUCGCCGGCUGCUGCACAACAAGUUUGUGGUGGUCAUGGGCGACUCUAUCCAGCGCACGGUGUACAAAGACCUGGUUCUCCUGCUGCAGAAGAACUGUCUGCUAUCCCCUAGCCAGCUCAAGGCCAAAGGCGAGCUGAGCUUCGAGCACGACGUGCUGCUGGAGGGCGGGAGGUGCGGCUGCAUGCACAACAACAUCUACUACCGCGAGGUGCGCCAGUUCUGCACCGGCCACCACCUGGUGCGCUUCUACUUCCUCACGCGCGCCUACUCCGCCUACCUGGAGGAGGUGCUGUCCGAGCUGCGUCGGGGCGAAUACGCCCCAGACCUGGUGGUUCUCAACUCGUGCCUCUGGGACAUCUCGAGGCAUGGCCGUCAAUUCCCCACAAGGUACCGGGAGGACCUGGAGUGCCUGUUCCGACGCAUGGACCGCGUGCUGCCCGAGUCCUGCCUGCUGGUGUGGAACACCACCCUGCCGGUGGCCAAUACUGUGUCGGGCGGUUUCCUCCCGCCAGGGGCACUGGCCAGCCUGGAUCACCUGAGCGAAGAGGUGAUAGAGGCCAACUUCUACAGCUCCUUUGAGGCGGCCCAGCGAGGCUUCGACCUGCUGGACCUACACUUCUACUUCCGCCAUGCGGACCAGCACCGGCUGGGCGACGGCGUGCACUGGAACGAGCGUGCGCACAGGCGACUUUCCCAGCUGCUCCUGGCGCACGUGGCAGACGCCUGGGGCGUGAACCUUCCGGGUGCCUUCCGGCGCCCAGAGCCUCCUGCACGCUUCCGCAGCCCGCGGCAACCUUCCAAGCUCUUCCCACCGGGUCCAGCCUCCUUCGUGCUCUACCCGGAAGGCAUCCCUUUGCCCUCCGACCUGCUCCCGCAGCAGCCGCCCAAUUUGAGCGACUCCUCCAGGCGCCGGGUGGAAUAUAUCAGAGGAGCGAAUUCGAGGGCUGGCCUCCAGCCCACAUCAGGCCCCAUCCGCAGGGUCGAUACCCAGCACCCACACCAGGUAUCAUCCCCCUACCCUAUUCGGCUCCCUGCUGGGUCACAGGAACGCCGUCGCCGUAGAAGGCGCUCAAGCAGACGGAUUCAGCAUACCCAGAGCCAAGAGUAG